AAACAUGGGCGCAGAUGAGGGGACCCUGACGUGCAAGACGUCUCUAGACAUCAUUCCAACUUUAACACUUUAGCUUGAGAUAUAAUAAGCAUUUAAGAUAAAACAUUUUAGGGUCUUUUAAAAUGUACAAAACUUUUCUUGGGGGAAAAAGGGGAUUUGAAUAUAUUUAACAGAUUCGGUUAAUACCAUAUCAUUUAGUAAAAUAAAAACGUUAUCACAACAAUAUAUGUUUUUUAAAUAUUUUUUAUUAUUGUUAUCUUCAAGUCUCUUUUCGGCUAGCUUCGGCUUUCGGUCAAGUCUGAACUCUUUCACCACGAUAAUGCGUCCUGGAAACGCCAGUAAAUUAGUGGAUGCAGAGGACGUGGCGAGAGAUGACCUUCUUGCCCGGGUGGAGAUAGCGCUGCUCAGUGUCAUCUUCGUCAGUGCCUCCAUCCUCAACACCGGCCUGCUUCUCGUCCUGUGGAGACAGCGCAAACAGAUGACCAGGAUGCGCGUCUUCGUCUUCCACUUGUGCUUGGCGGACCUUGUGGUCGCUUUCUUCCAGGUGUGCCCGCAGCUCAUGUGGGACAUCACAGACAGAUUCGUCGGACCAGACCUGGUGUGCCGCCUGGUGAAGUACCUGCAAGUACUCGGGAUGUUUUCAUCGACUUACAUGAUUGUGGUGAUGACUGUCGACAGAUAUCAAGCUGUCUGCAACCCCAUGGUGAAGUUUCAGCGGACGCGCACGAGACUGAACAUCCCUGUGAUCAUCGCGUGGGGGAUUUCGCUGCUGGGCAGUCUGCCUCAGAUUUUUAUCUUCUCACGGGUCGAGGUUGCACCCGGUGUGUUUGACUGCUGGGCUAAAUUCAUCCAGCCAUGGGGGCUUCAGACUUAUAUAACCUGGACCACGCUAGUCAUUUUUAUUUUACCUGUUGUUACAGUCCUUGUUUGCCAAGUGCGCAUCUGCCGAGCCAUCCAUAUUAACCUAUACCAAAAGAUUACACAGCAGGGCAGCGUGAAUCUCCCACUGCCCCCCAGAGCCAGCGGUGUGGCCGGCAUGUCAAAGGCCAGAGUGAAGACACUGAAAAUGACGGUCGUUAUCGUGCUGGUUUAUAUUGUCUGCUGGGCUCCAUUCUUCACUGUCCAGCUCUGGUCCGCCUGGGACUCAGAUGCGCCAAAAGAAACUGCGACUUUCACCAUCCUGAUGCUGCUGGCCAGUCUGAACAGCUGCGCAAAUCCCUGCAUUUACAUGCUUUUCAGUGGACAGUUUCCCCAGAGGCUGCUCACGCUCCUUUGCCAGAGACAUACGGGGGGUAAGGAUUCAAUGCAUGACGAUGCGACGCUGGUCAGCACGUUAUACAUGAGCUUUAGGAAUGUCUCUGAUUCUAAAUAACGUUAACGCGUUUACUGUAAAAAAAUAAAUAAUAAUAUAUAUAUAUAUACGACUGUUCUUCUGAACAGGAUAUAAUAGACAAGACAAAUUGUGUCUAUGUUUCUCUGGCAUAUGAAAACAUGACAUGUCUUAGAAGCUUUCACUCAAUAAAAGCAUGUGACUGGGAGUGAGAACUGCUCUUCAGAUGUUGAAAAGUGAGCUUCGUCAAGUUCUGUUGGAUUGUAGCACCUGUGCUCUUCGAGAAAGCAAAUAAUCUGUUCAGACUCUGUAAACAAUCAUCAUAUAGUAGGCUAAUGACUACGACAGUUUGGAUGUGAAAUAAGACAUAUUUAUUAUAUUUAACAGAAGCCUGAUUUGGACUUUAGUGAAACUGCUGAUAAAUAGGACCUUAGCAAUUCAAUUGAAAUGUUAUGUUGUGUUUGGUAUCACUGCUGUUUUUGUUGAUCAAAUUCAACCACCGGCUUUUAAGUUGAGGUCAGAGACUGUAACAGAAGUUUAGCUGUGUCUGUAGCUUGUAGUUUUUCUUGCUUAACACUUUAACUAAGUGAUAAACCAAGAAAAACUGUGUCACAUGGGAAAAACAAAAUGUUUAAAGCAUAAAAUGCAAAUAAGGGGCCAGAGCCAAAACAGGAACCAGCACAUUCAAAGUUGUUGUAACAUACCUGCACUAUGAAAUACAUUUUGACUUCUAUAACUAUUACCUGUUGUGUUUUCUGUGUUCAAAUCACACAAUCAGUGACUGUAUGUGAUAAACAAUAAAUAAAGUCAUGUUGUAACAGAG